AUGGCGAUGAGAUGGUUUGAUGGCCUCAGGCUAAACUCCAUAGAUUCCUUUAAGCAGCUGACCCAGGCCUUUGGCUCUCGCUUCAUCACGAGUAGCAGGGUUCCUUGGCCCUUGGAUUCCCUUCUGUCUUUGUCCAUUCGAGAAGGGGAGACCUUAAAAGCCUACUUGAACAGGUAUUGGGAGAUGUAUAAUGAGAUAGAAGGUAACUAUGACAACGUUGCUAUCAACACUUUCAAGAGUGGCCUCCCAACUGAGCAUGGUUUAAGAAAAUCCCUAAUAGGAAAGCCUGUCACUAGCCGCGCCAACUUAUGGACCGGAUCGACAAGUAUAAAAGGGUUGAAGAGGACUAGCAGCUGGGAAAAGGCAGUUAAUGCUGUGUUCCGAGAUCCGGUACAUCAGGUUUUGGAGAAAAUCAAGAAUGAACCGUUCUUCAAAUGGCCAAAUAAGAUAGCAGGAGACCCCAUGAAGCGCAACUAA